ACAGAAAACAAAUUGUCAAGGAAAGAACUGAUGAAGCUGCUGACUGUCUGCUUCUCCUACAUAUCAGUAUGGCUGCUGUGGAUGUAGAUGUGUACGAUAACGAGAUGAUGAGGACUCUGACUCUAGGAGGCCAUGUUGGUUUCGACAGUCUUCCUGAUCAGUUGGUCAGUAGAUCAGUGUCUCAAGGUUUCUGCUUUAACAUUCUCUGUGUAGGUGAAACUGGAAUUGGAAAAUCCACAUUAAUGAACACUCUGUUUAACACAGUGUUCGAAAGUGAAGAAUCCAGUCACUACCAGAGUGGUGUAUAUCUACGACCCAAAACAUACGAGCUGCAGGAGAGCAAUGUGCAUCUUAAGCUGACCAUUGUGGACACAGUGGGGUUUGGUGACCAGGUUAAUAAAGAGGAGAGUUUUAAACCCAUCAUGGACUACAUUGACACACAGUUUGCAAAUUUCCUCGAAGAAGAGCUGAAGAUCAAACGUUUACUCUGUAACUACCACGACACCAGAAUCCACGCCUGUCUGUACUUCAUCUCUCCCACAGGCCACUCACUCAAAUCUCUUGACCUGGUCACCAUGAAGAAGUUGGACAGUAAGGUGAACAUUAUUCCCAUCAUUGCUAAGGCAGACUCAAUCUCAAAGUGUGAGCUUCAGAAACUUAAGAUUAAGAUAAUGAGUGAGCUUGUCAGUAAUGGUGUUCAGAUUUACCAGUUUCCUACAGAUGAUGAGGCUGUCACAGAAAUCAACUCCUCCAUGAAUUCUCAUCUGCCGUUUGCUGUGGUGGGGAGCAGAGAGGAGGUUAAAAUUGGAAACAAGUUGGUUAGAGCCCGGCAGUAUCCGUGGGGAGUGGUACAAGUGGAAAACGAGACUCACUGUGACUUUGUGAAGCUGAGAGAGAUGUUGCUCAGGGUGAACAUGGAGGAUCUACGUGAACAGACACACACACGCCACUAUGAGCUGUACCGGCGAUGUAAACUGGAAGAGAUGGGCUUUAAAGAUCCUGAUAGUGACACACAGACAUUCAGUCUGCAGGAGACUUAUGUGGCUAAGAGACGAGAGUUUGUCUCAGAGCUGCAGCAGAUGGAAGAGGACAUGCGUCAGAUGUUUGUAAACAAAGUGAAGGAGACAGAGGCUGAGCUGAAGGACAGAGAGAGAGAGCUACAGGAGCGUUUUGAGCAGCUUAAGCGGAUGCAUCAGGAGGAGAAGAGGACUCUGGAGGAGAAACGCAGAGAGUUGGAGGAGGAGAUGAACUCAUUUAACAGGAGAAAGAUGACAGCUGAAACACUGCAGGCUCUGUCCAUUCCAAACAAGAAACCGUGAGCCCUGUGUUCUUAUGCAAUGAGAACCUGUCAGCAGCUACAGGGCCUAAAAAGAAUUUAUACUGUAACCCUUUUUACAACCUUGGCUUUGUAGCAAUUUGACUACAACAAUUUAUAUAUUUCACUGUUUAGUACGUGGUUUAGUACAUUUAAAAGUGAUUGUUGUCAAUUGUUUUUUUUUAUUUAAAGUUAUUACUCUUUUUGUUUCAUUUUAAAUAAUUUAGCACCACAUGAUGGACCAAUUUUGACUAGGUUGUUCUUAAAACUGGGCCAAUCUGGAUUACAAUGGAAGUAUUACUUUGG